UUUUUCACAGACCAUUGUAAGCAGUCAGAGAGGCAAACAGUGAAGUGCAGAGGAGAGCAACAGGCAGUCGUCUCCAGAGAGAGCCUGAGAGCAAUGCUCAGUCCACUGACAACAACUCAACAUCCGGACAGUAAGGAAGAGGGAGGUUUUUCGUGCUGCAGCCUGCCCUGGGGCCUCAGAAAUCAUCUGCCUUCUUCACAGCAAUGCCUUCACCACAUACUGAACCAAGGACAAAGUUUCUUCACUGCAUGUAGUCUGAUUUGCACAUGGACACUGUAGGUCCUCUAUGCCUUCCCACCUUUAACCUGCCGGAUCAAGGGAUACAAUUUGGAGAUUCGCCGUUCACUCUUUUUUGAAGUUAUUUUCCAUGCAAUUCUUGUCAAUAUGCUGCCUGUGGUUUUCAUGACAUGGUGGGUCUGGGUGUUGCUUGGAAGCGUAGGAGGACAGUCCCAAUCUCAGCAUCAGUCUCAGACUGACGACUCAAACCCAUGGAGACAGAUGAUUCAGUGGGAGAACAAUGGACGUUUGUUCAGUCUUCUCAACAGCGGGGCGGAAUACGUCCCGGCUCGGGCUCAGGAGCGUGACAGGAACCCCCGAGUGCUUUUAGCGGACGCUCCCAACCGUCGAUCGCAGGGUGGGAAUGUACGUAGACAAGCACCCCCCAGAGGAAGCUCUGAGACCGUGAGAGGCCAAGCAAGACAUCCAUUUGGGUUUGGCCUGGUACCCGAAAACUGGCGUCAAGGUGCAGGUGAAACAGGUCGCUUCCAGUCAUCUACCGGCUCUCGCUUUAGACCAUCCUCCGGCUCAUCCUCCUCCUCCUCCUCAUCAUCUUCUUCUUCUUAUCCUCAGUAUCCGUACCCUCAACAGCCUCCUUAUUCUGCUCCUUACGACUCGGUUUUGGACAGGUCAUACGAACCACCCUUCCGUGGAACGGGCUACUCCACUGGUGGUGGCUAUGCCGGAGGAGGAUUUGGAGGAGGUGGGUACUCCACUGGAAGUUUUGGAGGAGGUAGCUAUAAUGGAGGGGGUCCAGCAACCGACGACAGGUAUCGAUACUAUCCUACUUACGGUCAAGCUUACCAAGCCGUUCCUGCCCAGCCUGCACAGCCACAAGUCUCUGAUGGACUGGACCACAGGUACACUCACAGUCUGUACAACGAGGACUCUCGAGAUGCUGCAGUACCUGUCUCGAGCAACACAGGUUCAGCGUUCCAGCCCGCAGUGCAAAGCCCUCAGUAUGAGCAGUUCCCCCCCUUUGGAAGGCCCCAGCCACAGCCUCCGUUUGUGCAACCACCUCCGCGCAACCCUCUCAUCUCUAACAAUGCAGAGAGCCCCAGCAUGAAUGCAGGGAAUGUUUAUCGUCCUCAGCAAAGAGGUUUGCCUGACCUGGUUCCUGACCCGAAUUAUGUCCAAGCCUCCACAUACAUUCAAAGAGCCCAUAUGUACUCCUUACGCUGCGCUGCGGAGGAGAAGUGUUUGGCCAGCUCCGCCUAUAGUUCUGAAACCACAGACUACAGUGUCAGGGUUCUUCUGCGCUUCCCUCAGAGAGUAAAGAACCAAGGGACGGCUGAUUUCAUGCCCAACCGACCUCGGCACACCUGGGAGUGGCACAGCUGUCAUCAGCAUUAUCACAGUAUGGAUGAGUUCAGUCACUAUGAUCUAUUAGAGGUCAGCAGCGGCCGGAAGGUGGCGGAGGGACACAAGGCCAGCUUCUGUCUGGAGGACACGACCUGCGACUUCGGCCAUCUCAAACGAUACGCCUGUACUUCACACACACAGGGUCUCAGUCCAGGUUGCUAUGACACAUACAACGCAGAUAUCGAUUGCCAAUGGAUCGACAUCACUGAUGUUCAGCCAGGAAACUAUAUACUCAAGCUCCAGGUCAACCCAAAGUACUUAGUGCAUGAGUCGGACUACACCAACAAUGUAGUCAGGUGCAAUAUCCACUACACAGGGCGCUUUGUGAAGACAACAAACUGCAAGAUCUCCCAGUCAUGAUCAGUCAGAGCCGGGUGAAUCUCCAUGGAAACGCCGUUCCAUUGCAAUGUGAAUGGAAUUCCUGGUUCGGUUGUGAUUGUUUAUUGCAUUUUUGUCUCGGUUCCCGUUUUUGUGCCGUUUUUGUGAAGCUGGGAGGAAUAAACACACGUAAUGUCACCCUCAUGCAAAACCAAACACACACUGAGGAAUCCCAAACUUCACAACACCCCGCAGACCAACGUCUGUUUUCCUUCCAGACACCCCAUUAACCCUGGUUUUUCAUAAAAACACACACUCUGCCCCCAGUUAAGUCUAAUUCCUUCACCAUUUUCACAUGGUUUACAUCGCUGGAAUGUGAAGUGAGAUCAGGUAUGGCACUGUUGAACUGUAAUUCAGAUCAGGAAAAUCAGCAACUGGAAACAAUCCUCUUUUUUCCAAGCCUUUCUCUUUGUCUGUGCCACUUCGGCAAAGGAGCGAUACUGAGAGAGAACAGCCAGCCUUUCAGUCAUCCUCCAGCUAACCAAUUAAGUAAAAAGUGGUUUUAGUUGAAUGAGGGGCCUGGAAAUAAAUAGCUUUGGGAUUAAAGCACUUUGAAUAAAUGCCUUGAAUCCAAAAGCUGGAGGCAGUUUAUCAAGGUGUUUUUACCUUGGAGGUUUAAUAUAGUCUUUUACUUAACCUGCUGCUAUUUACAUUAAAUUGGAUUGUAAUGUUGUCUUGUAUGAUAACACAGUAAAAACAAACUACUUAAAUUCAAGCCAUACUUGAGAUGUUCCCCCUAGAAGCAGCUCAACCUCUAUCAGUACAGUUUUAUGUGAUAUUCAGGUUCAAUACAAGAAUUAACCGACAGCAUUUGUGGCAUAAUGUUGAUUACCAGCAAUUACACUGAAGCCCUUUCAAUGAAAAUCAAUGGGGCCUAUUUUUGGAUGAUUUGAAACGUUAGGGAUUUAUAAAAGCACUUACAUUUCUUCUUUUGUUAAAAAUUGAGCAUCAUUGUAAUGGCGAUGAAAUUGUAAAAUUGGACAUAACUUGGUGGCUUUUUCUAUUAAAACAAGGAGUGUGGUUUUCCCCGUACACUUCCAUUGUAAGUGCUUUAAACCCCUAAUGCUUUUUAAAGAAAAAGUAGAUUUCAUGGGGGUCAUUAAUCAUGCAUUUACCAGACAAUUAUAUCUGGUAUUUUACUUAGGUAUGCACUUUAUCAUUUCAUGCAUUUCCAGGGAAUCAAACCCAUGGCAGUGAUGUUGAUCAACAUUUUCAUUUGCACUUGGCAGACACUUUGAUGCGAAGUGACUUACAGUGCAUUCAAGAUACACGUUUUAUAAUGUUUUGUAUUAUCUGGUAAAUGAAAAGAACUUACGGUUGCUGGUGGCAUGAUCAACAUUAAUAUACUGUAUAUGCAUUUGGCAAAUGCUUUUAUCCAAAAUGACUCACACCGCAUUAAAUGCAUGCCUUUUAUUUGAACACAUUCCCUGGGAAAUGAACCCAUGACCUUGCUGUGACCAUAUGCCAUAAUCUACAUUCUCUAUGCAUGUGUGCAUUCAUACAUUUAUAAUCCACAUUCAGUUAAUGCCAUAAUCUUUGUUUAUGACCUUGCCUGUUACUAACUGCAUGAGCUACAUUUACGUUUAUGCAUUUACCAGACAGUUUAAUCCAAAAAAGAACUCAACUGAUGGAAUUUGUCAGUUCACGCGUUCCCUGGGAAUCAAACCCACGGGCUUGCUGUCGCUAGCGCCAUAAUCUACAUUCACUAUGCAUUUGUACGGUUAUGCAUUUAUAUUCUACAUUCAUUUAUGCAUUUGGCAUAUACUUUUAUUCAAAGUGGCUUACAUUGCAUUCAAGUUAUGAAUUUUACGAGGUCAUCCAUUAUCCGGGAAUUGAACUCAUGACCUUGCUGUUGAUCUACGUUUGCAUUUAUGCAUUCGCCAGACAAUAAUAUCUAAAAAAAUAAUAAUUGCAUUGCAUGCAAUGUAUGCAUUUAGUCAGUUCACGCGUUCCCUGGGAAUUCUUAUGCCAUGAUCUAUUGUUUAAGCUGUAGACACAUUAUGUCACAGGUGCUGUCGUAUUGAACUUGUAUUAAAGCCAGGAAUAUCCCUCGAGUGUUAAGCUUGUAAACCUUCCUUUGAGAGAUUUACUUGUGCUGACGUCCGUGUAGGAACGUAUCUGUUGUUUCUGCCAAAGGUCGCAAUGUAUGAUUCAAUUAACCCACUGAUGCAUGCCAUUAUCUAGGUAAGAAAUGAAUUUAUUUCAUCAUAUUAUACUCAUACCCACUCUUCUCAUGUACUGUGUGGAGGAAAAUACUGUACUUGCUGUGUUACACUCCAGGAAUUCAUAUUUCUUUGUAUCUGAAAUUGAGAUUUUUGCCUUGAUCGUUAAAUCGAACACAGACUUAGUUGAUACUACUGUUGCAAAGCAAACAUUGCAUAACUUGAUGUCACUGACAAUCUUAAUUCUAUCCGUACCUACCUCGGAAAGAGAGAUUUAACCAUAUGCAGUGAAAACAGCUCCUUGUGAUGCUACGCUUCAAGAGCCCUAAACGAGAAACAUCCAACACAUGUGCUAUAAUCGAAUAAAUUCAGUUAAAUGCAUACAAAACAAGCUUUCUGCGAGGGUCGUCGGAUAUGUGUGAACGGAGCUUCGACCAAAGCUAAAUGAAUUCCUUUCUGUGGUGAGCAGCUCUUUUAUUAUGAAAACAUGUUUUACAUGAUCAAGAUCCAGAUCGAAUGCAGAACAGACUUUGUCUUAUGGUAUCUCUUUAUACUCUGCAUAACUGAUUAUUAUAACAUUGUUUAUUGUGUAGACAGUAAAUUUGUUUCUGGUUGCUAUCUGGUUUUGUGGUCCAGGACAGGUGCAUAUCAAUCUCCUUGAGUUGUUGUUUUAAUUUUUGUCGUCGUCGGCUUUAUUUUUUUUUUUUUUUUUUUUGUGCUCAGAAUCAUGUCUUAGAGUUCAUACUGGAUCUUUAAAUAAAGACCGAAGUGUAUACCAGCUUUUUUAGGGCGAGUGCUGUUUCAUUUUUUGACUUCAGACAGUCUACAUUCAUUUGAAGUGGUCAGAAAAUGCAGUUCUGCCAAACUGCAAAAGCGGCAGAGUUUUAGGGAAAGUUUCCCAUCUGCCGUCUGUGUUUGCACAGAACAUGUACUGUACUGAACGCCAGCGGUUUUGGUGUGCGGAAACAACAUUUGGGUUACGAAUUAGGCUAGUAAUAAGAACUCUGUAACCCCAGAAGCAGAGCAAAACAUAACACUCAAAAUGAUCACAGUCAAAGAAAUGAUUGAGAACACCAGAAAUGUCUCUCCUCCUCCAAAACACACAUGUGCAAGCUUGAACAGAUGACUACAAAGGAGUUUGGCAUGUGAUUUUUUCCAUUUAUAAAGUGAUAAUGCAUUUUGGUUUCGUAUCGGCCUGCUUUGAUAUGUGAUAUGAAAACUAAUAAACAUGUCAUUUCCGAAAAGUGAUGCCAAAGUUUACAAGAGGUACAAACACAAUGAGCCUCUGUUAAGCUCUUGGUAAGACGGAAAAUGCUGGCUAAGGAUUGUGUUAUUAUUCUUAUAUCACCAGAUGGUACCUUAGUUUGAGUAUAUAAGUAUGAAUGCAUCAAUGCACGUGUAUAUAAAUGCAUGCAUGCUAUUUAGGUUUUGCUUGUUUUUCAAAUCAGUCUUCGGCAUAAACAACGUUUUUAAUAAUGCUUACAUGUUGAGAGAUCGCAAAAGAGUUUUAGUGAGUGUGAACUGUGCAGUUUAUAGACUACACGCUUGUGCGUUUUCAGUGAGAAAGUGACGCCAAAUAAGAGGGGUAAGACCGAGUCAGAGACCUAUUAGAGAAUUCCACUAACAUGACAUCACACUAAAAACAGAACGAGGAGCCAUUUUCAGCAGAGCGCCAAGUAAUAUGUGUGCUUGGGUUUUAGAGUAAACACGUGCACGAGAUGAUUUCCUUCACUGAGAGAACAGUGGUGAGGUCUGCAAGCCCUCAACCAGAAGAGAGCAGAGAUGACAGCGAAUAGAGAGGGAGAGAGAGAAAAUAUAAAUGCCAGACCAGAAGAUCAGAAGGGCGAAUAUGAAUGGCAUUUCACCUUGGACCAGCAUAAACCGGCAUUAGCUGAUUACCAGACUGAUCUAGUUUGGUGGUUUUAGAGAGGCUUGAAGACAAUGGAAACAACACUCGAAAGUUCAUUCAUAUUUCGAGGACAGAUGGAGUCAAACGCUCGAGUGACGCAACAACAUGUAACGGUUCUUCAAUUAAGUUGUUUGCGUUAUGAAGCUCGUUAGGACUCGGAAGUCAUAACAUUCGGAAACGAAGAUAGACACCGCAAUAAUGUCCCCGGAGCAUAACUGCAUUUUAGCCUUGAUGAGCUUUUUUAACAAGUAUUUAGUAAAUAUUCAGUCGCCUACACUGACCUGCUUACGCUGUACAGGCAACAUGCAUUAUGGUAUUGCGUGUAUGCAGGGUAGCUUUUUAAUCCAAAGGUGUUUUUGUGGGUCCAACUAACAGGGAACGUCCCCAGAACUUUAACUUUUUAUAAGCAACGUUCUUCCAGUAACGUGUACAGACUAGGCCCAGUAUUAAAAUGUUAGCACAAAAACAUGAUUUGUGCAUCCAUUCGUGGAAGGCGUUUUUUGACAAAUGUGGCUAUACUUGUUUCAAAAGAAUUUGUAUACACUCUUAAAAAUCAAGGCUCUUGAAGGGUUUUUCACCGUGAUUCUGGAGAACCGCUGUCAUCAUUCGAUCGUCUCUUUCUUACCUUUCUACUUUUUCUCAUCACAAAACAGAAAGGUUCUUCAGAGGUUAAAGGUUUAUGAAAACAUUUAGGUCAUUCUUGUCGUCUCGAGAAUACACAAUAUCCUACAGGUUCAAUUCACUGCUCUGGUUAAAGCUUUCAUGGCGAUGAACCCGAAGACUCACCUUAAAACCAUUUUGCCAUAAUCUGAUUAUAAACAGAUUAUCUGAACGUACGUAAAAACCUAGCUAGUGAAGUCACAUGGUUAAUGUACGAAUCCAAUCGUGAGUUUGAUGUGCUGUUCAAUAUUCAUCAAGCAUGGCGUAAAAGUGCGUAGAAAACACAACAGCAGACGGUCGACCUGAGAUGUUUGUGAGCUAAACGGACAGGGGUUUGCUUGUUUUGCUCUCACGAUGUCACGACGCGGGGGUCUGGAUGUCGCUGUGAUUUAUCUGCAGACUAGCGUCGUUCUCCGCCAUUAAAUCAAAUGAUUAACAGCUCGGACUCGGUGGGAGAUUAUCGUGAACCGUUCAGAUGUGAAGAGGGAGGCCGGGCGCCGCGGUAAAUAAUUCAACUAUCGCUUACGGUGAAAAACAAAAGCGUGAAGAUCUUUCACUUCAGCCUUGUUUACUUUAAUAAUGAAGGCCUGUUGCAGACGCGCCUCGCGCGGCGCCGAUCCGUUCUCCUGAGCUAAUGAACUCCUCGUCAUCUCUAUUUAUGUGUGCCAUUAGGUUUGAAGGUCUCGGAAGAGAGAAGGUGAGUUGUCUUGGCGGUCUGGCUCAUGGCAGUAAACACCGGGAGCGUUUUUUUCCAUCGCUCCUGUCCUCGGUGAAGAUGAUUUUCCACAGCCUGCUUUCCACCCUCAAUCCUCGGCUGCUCGCAAAUGGGCCGUUCCUGAGACAACAAGCGAGCAAUGGGGGAAUAAAUUCUCAUUACAGAGGUGCUGCUAACAGAGGACGAAUCCGCGGCAGGGCUACGCUUGUUUAUAGACUCUCAGACAAUUGGAACAAAUGACUGGGAAGGGCUUUGGAGUUGCUUAUUUUACAGGAUCUUCUCGGUCCUGAUGAGGCUUUAAAUCCACAGAUGCUGAUGCGGUGCAAGGGCUUAAAACAUUGACAACUUCGGGACACGUCGGAUCCGAAUCUCACAGGAUCUUCACCGAGGCUGGAGGCCUUUGGGUUUUAAUUCAGCUGUCAGAGAUGUUCGGUUCAAACUAUGCAACACUUGACAGCUAUCGAACUGAACUGAACUGAGCUGAAUAACGACACUAGUCCUCUGUAGAUAUGCUCUACAUCUCAAAUUGAAUUUUUACAUCUAUCUCUCUCACGUACGGCGUCGAGAUCAGAGACCCAGAAAUGAAGUUAAUCUCGACAUGACGGUCAAGGGAACCGGCGUGCUUAAAAGCACAUCAUGUUGUGAAAUAGUACAUUGGGGUGCAUCUGUAGCUUACAGGCAUGAUUAUAAUUCAUGAACAACGGGUCCCAUCGUUAAAUAAAAGGGGAGAAGAAGAUGUCUAAAAAGCAGCCAGAGGCGUCGGUUGAAAGUUUAAAUAAAGUUUGGAUUACGUUAUCUGUUUGCAAUUGUUUGCAGGGACGUGAUGAAUGCUGUACACAAGCAGACAACUAGAGACAAACAACAGCUGAUGUAACGCAAGAUUACGAAGGGCAAACUGAUUGCUCGUCCUCAAAACGCGGAUCAACAGAUGCUUUUAUUCAAUGGCUUUCAGCGCUGAACACACACACACACACACACAUAUGUAGAAAUAUACAAAACAAUUAAAUAAAUAACCUCUAAGAUUGAACAUAAACCCCUUUCUUGCUAUUUAUAACUUUUUUUCAUGUUAAUUGUAUGUUAGUUUUUCUUAUGUCACACCAUAGGACACACACGCACACACACACGCACACACACACACACACAUAAUGAAAUGAUUACUAGCUACUAAUUACAUUUUAAUAGUGUAGAUCUCUCUAAGGAGUAUUUGUUAAUUAUUAUUAUCUGCAUCCUUUAUCAGCCUUGACCGGUUGAACAAUACAAGGAGAAAUAGCAACCUGCUCUUUUGAUCUUUACAAAUAAAUAAAAGUGCAUUGAUUACUCUUUAAAUGAGCAAAGGGUUUAAAGGGAGAAUGUUACGUUAGAUUUUACAUUAGAUUUGGUGUUAAAUUCACGUCUCACAAAUAAAAAAAGAGUAAAAUUAAUACAUACACGCACAGACACAAAUUGGUUUGAAUUUAAUACAAUGCUAUAAGUUUUUAGGGCUAUAUUAAGACUCUGUAUACUUUUUUUGUAUAUAUUCACGUGCAAACAAAGCAGUUCAUAACCCAGACUUUGCAAAGCAACAUUCCUUAAAAUCACUUUGUUAUAUCUCAGAACAAGUAAGAAGCUCCCCAGAUGUUUAUGUCAUUUAAAGCAGCGCUGUGAUUGUGAAGAUCAAGAGCGCGUGGAUCAUAAAGUGAAGGAGAAUACCAUUAAAGACAAAGAAGGAGACGGAGGACAUUAGACAUCAUAACAUAGAUUCCUACAGUCUGUGUGUGUGUGUGUGUGUGUGUGUGUGAGUGUGUGUGUGUGUGAAACCCAAGGAUGACGCUCUCUCGCCCCAGAGCUGGAGGACAUAAAGCCGUUCUGUUAACUGGAGUCUGCUGAAGAACCGACUUCUCUGUGUUCUCCUUCAAAUACACUUUAUUCCUCUUCUCCCUCCUCUACCCGAGCUCUCUGCGCAGCCAUCACCACCUAAAACCGCUUGAAUUCCCCGUCAUGUUCCCCCUGAUAGUAUUUAUCACUAUAUUGAUAAGGUCCAGGUCCGCUGGGGCCGGCCCAGAAUGAAAUCCCGCUUCUUUUGAGUAAUGUCUGUUGAUUUUGGGGUGGUAAAGCAGCUUUCUGGAAGGGCCAGCCGUUGUCUCACACUUGCCAUGGAGAUCUGAAUACCAAAACAGGCCGAUGAAGUCAUGUCCCAGCCGCCAUUACUUUAUCAUGCCUUCAUGCCCAGGCCAAGAAUACUACACUAAAUAUCCAACAGACUUUCUCAGGGGCCAAAGAGCCCUGCUGAUGAACUACUGUGUGUGAAUCGUGCAUUUUACACCUUUUGAAUUAUGCAUGUAUUUAUUUAUAUGUUUGUCUGUUUGUUUGUUCCCAGUAAAAUACUAUACUCUGUGCUGCA